UAGCCAACAGGGUGUGCAGGGUAUCUAAUCUGAAGAGUGAGAUAGCCCUGUUGUAACACUUGGCCACUGGGUGUCACCAUUGAUCUCAGAUGUCUCAACGGAAGGUUUAAAAUCACAAAACAUUGUGUGGCCUGCUCAUCUUCAGCGGAAAUGAGAGAGAUUUCAAACAAGAAAGUGAUCAAAAGAGACGUAAGCAGAGCCGACAAGACAAAUUGCUUUAUUCUCUAUUGAGCAUAAUCCCCUGCAGUGCUUAAAACACUUGUUCAGUGGCUUUUAACCCUUUCAGAACAAAGUAACUUUGCAGAAACACUAUUAGGAGUUAGUUUGCGGGUGUGCUGUUGUGAGUGACGUGAUAGUGCCUAGUUCCUAUACUAGAGCGGUUUGCAGUUUUGGAUGAACUUGGCUUUCUGCACACAGAUGUGAAGUGUUGAUUGCACACUGGGAAAGAGACCUCGGUUGGCCACUCUACCACCUUUUCUCUGUAGCUGUUUUUAGGUUUUAUAACUGUUUGAACAACCCCUCUAACUCCAAUGCAUAUAUACUGAGCAUCAAAAGAAACAUAUCGCUUAUAUUUGAGCACCAAAAGAAACAUAUCACUUAUAUUUGAGCACCAAAAGAAACUUAUCCCUUAUAUUUGGAUAAAAUUCACUAAAUGUGAUUGAAAAAUGACAAACUCCAUUUUAGAGCAGGUGCAGUGACUUUUUAUUGUGCUGAUUAACAAUUGACAUUUUACUGUUUGAAGUUAUGGGGGGACGGGAUACUGUGAAAGUCACAGGCUAGUAGCGUGUGUGGCCACCGUUGGAAGCAAUACAAGCAGUACAUCUGUGACGCAUGCUUUGCACCAGGUUUCUGAUGCUGUCUUGUGGAAUCCUGGCCCAUUCCUCUUGUAGUGCCUGGAUAAGCACCUGCCUGUUCAGUGGUCUCCGAACCCUAGAAGCCAUACCGUCUCGCCAGGUUUGAAAUUGCUGGCUGUGAGCACCCAAGACGGCGAGCCACAGUACGCUGCCCUAGUCCAGCCUCCAACAUGCCGAUUGCACGAAGGCGCUGCUAUCUUGAUAGACGUGGCAUUUUGGUGUUUUUAUGUGAUUUUCUUUAUUGCUUUUAUUCAAGCUUGCAGUUCAACAGCUGAAAUCACUCCAUAUCCAGUGUCCAAAUCAGCUGUCUCACUAAUUAGGCAAUUAAGUGCAUAUGCUUCAGUCAUAGUCAGUCAAGCGUGUCAUGGUCAAGAGUGAAUGAUUGAGUGAUUAAAAAGAAACCAAAAACAUUUCGUCAUGUCCAUCAUUUUCGAAAACAAAUGCGUUAUAAUAGUGAUAUGUUUCUUUUGGUGCUCAGUAUACAAAAACAGACCUGCGCUUUGUCACGCUGCAUCGCCAUCUGCUUUCAAAUCUGUGUGGGACUCCUGUGUUUUGUAAGGAGUGUGUGUGUGUGUGUUUCCAUAUUUCAAACUGGAGGAAGGUUAGUCCGUCCUUGAAGCGUUUGGUACAAUUAAACCUAGUUCUGGCAGUGGAUUUGUCUUCAUUAUAACCUCCCUUGGAAGUGUAAAGAACAAGCCCCAUCAGUACUGCCAACCAUGUUCUGUGACUUGUUUAAUGUGUGAAUUUGUACCAUACAGUUCAUUUCUUUGUAUGCUACCUGUGUAGACAAAGGUUGCUGAAAAGCACAGGGUAGAAACUGCACUAUUUAUGAUGAAACCAUCAACCCGAAUUGCUGAAGUCACAGAUGACUCGGAUAUAUUUUGAACAACCAGGUGAAAUCGGGACAGUAGACCCAAGUUCAAGGUCUGUGGACUGAGUUCAGAUCCACUGAAUUUGUGAGUUACCUUGCUUGCUAAUGCAAGAGGGACAGUAAAGGAAAGACAGCUGUGUGGGCCGACGGGUCUGUGAGUCAGCAGGUAGCGAAACUGCUUGCGCAAGAAGGAAUAAAGGAAACAUGAAGACGAUGUGUUUUUUGUUUGUUUGUUUAAACACCACUGGUUUUUGUGGCACUGUCUCUCCCGAUGGUGCAGCUGUGUAACUUCUGCCCUGCGUUUGAUUGAGGGGGAUUUACUAAGCUUGUGCACAGGUGCAAGGUUUGCGCCAUAUAAAAGAAAAAUGCAUUAAUGAGACCAACAGGGAUUUCAAAUGUUAAUUUUUAUUAACAUAAGAAAUGAAAACUUGCUAAUGUUUUAAAUGCUUCAACAACUUUGAAUGGUAAUGUUUUUUGAAACAGAGACUGUGGAACAAACAUUAUAAAACUCCCUAAAUCUGUUCCUUUGAAAUAAAAAGCUGGUAUCCCAUCCAGGCUCAACACCCCUUAAAUAACAGAUGUAGCAAAAUUCAUGGAUUUGCAGAAACUGAUGUUUUUUUUUUACACAAUCCCCUGAUUUAUAUUAGGAGACAGAUCAGCAUUUUUUCAAGCAGACACUUCUGACCACAGGAACAUGCUGACAAGAUGACUUGGGCUUUCAGUUCCCUUAAUCAUCUUGAAAUUGAUGAAUGAUUCACUUUAAUCAAAUGGUGGCUAAGCCUGAAACAGCAUUAGAAAAUAAAAGCAUGCUUUUAAACAGAUUCAUGCAUUUAAAAAAAUAAAUAAAAAACGGUUCACUCCAGCAGCGUUACUUCACUUCUUUGCAAUGUGGGGAGCGGGGGUUAGGUUUAACAAGGGCAAACACUGAGGCUUUGUUAACAAGGUAAAAUGAAUUAUUAACAGAAGAAUUGGAACUACAGUAUCAUGCUCUGGUUUAGUUAUAGGGUGUUGCAAGGGAUCAUCAUUAUACAUCAGUCCUUUUGAAAACUGCAGAAUUGUAAGGGGUCCUCAUUAUACAGCAGUCCCUUUGAAAACUGAAGAAUUGUAAGGGAUCCUCAUUAUACAGCAGUCCCUUUGAAAACUGAAGAAUUGUAAGGGAUCCUCAUUAUACAGCAGUCCCUUUGAAAACUGAAGAAUUGUAAGGGAUCCUCAUUAUACAGCAGUCCCUUUGAAAACUGAAGAAUUGUAAGGGAUCCUCAUUAUACAGCAGUCCCUUUGAAAACUGAAGAAUUGUAAGGGAUCAGCAUUAUACAGCAGUCCCUUUGAAAACUGAAGAAUUGUAAGGGAUCCUCAUUAUACAGCAGUCCCUUUGAAAACUGAACCAAGAACAGGGCUGGCCAAAGUUGGCACGUUCCAGUCCUGGUCUUUGUUCCAACCCUGUUCUAAAUUGUUUAACUGAACCAAUUAAACCUCCACCCGGAUAAGAAGUUCAUGAACUCAUUCUACUUGUUAAACCUGGAGUGGAAUGGUCCUCCAGGACCGUGAUUAGACACCGCUGUGUCAGCCCCUAACCAACAGCAGACAGAUAGUGGAACUACAAUGGCAAUGCAAUGGAUCUAUAUUAAGGGGAAAUGGUAGCCCAGUUGUGUAACAUAAGAGAGGGGAAUAGAGACACUUUCAUUGGUGCAGCUGUUUGAUAACAUAGACCUUGAAAAGAAAUAAUUUGUGUAAAGAAACAAAAGCAGAACUGUUCAAUAGAAACACCAGGUCAUGUGAUUUCCAGAAACAUUUAGAAAUGAAACUGAUUGAACUGUCCAAUCACAGCAGGAGGUAGCUGGGAUUGGCAGCACCUACUUGAUUAUCUAGGCUGACCCUGGCUGUAACAAAGCCAGUAGAAGGCAGCUCUGCAACACAGCGCUGGAACACUGAGGAGACAGGGUGACUGGUCUCAACACCCAAGUGGAUAAAUAAAGUUUCUCUUUUGUUCACGAGUGACGAUGGCAGUCUGGACUCUUGGGGCAGUCUGGACUCUUGGUGCAGCUGUGUUUCUGCUGACAGCGAGCCUGAGUACAGCGUGGACGAACGGGAACGUGAGGCUGGUUGGGGGACAGACGCCAUACGAGGGGCGCGUGGAGGUUUACUACAGCGGAGAGUGGGGGACAGUCUGUGAUGACAGCUGGGACCUUGCAGACGCACAUGUGGUGUGCCGCUCAUUGGGGUUUCUGAAUGGAAGCGAGGCCGUCGUGGGAGGGAAGUUUGGAGCAGGCUCAGGCCGCAUCAUGCUGGAUGACGUCUCCUGUCAGGGGACGGAAUCUUCGCUGGCCCAGUGCAGAUCCAAAGGCUGGCACGUCAACGACUGCAAACACGAGGAGGACGCUGGGGUCAAGUGCCAACCAAAGAUCACGCUGGAUAACACAAUGACGUACACCCUGGACCGGAGCGCGGAGUUCUCUGAGGUGCUGGGGGAUUUGUAUGAAAGCCAGCGGGACUGUGACUUCAACAUCAUCGUGGUGUCCACUGGGGAGCCGGAGAGCGCGGAACCCAUCUGCACACAUAGACUUAUCCUGUCCCUCAACGCUGAGGCCACCUUCCUCAACCUCACCCGCCUCAACAACUUCACUAUGGAGGUGGUGAAGGAGUGCCGACCCUUCGUCACUGACUUCCUCAAGUACCUGUACACCAAACAAAUAGAUAUCACCUUGUCUUCGGCUCAGUGCAUCCACAAACUUGCAUCCGAUUACAAAGUGAAGGCUCUGCAGGAAUAUGCCGGCCAUCUCUUCUCCUCGCUACUCCCCCAGGACCCAUCCUUCGAGAGCCAGGUCUCCCUGUACGACUACGCCCUCAGCACUGAGGACCCCCUGCUGAAGGAGACCUGUCUGCAGUACCUGGCGUGGAACUGUGAGGCCCUUGCCAACUCCUCAGCGUGGUCCAGGCUGGGGGCAGAGAUGCUGGGGGCCCUGCUCUCCCGCUCAGAUCUGGUGGUCCCUGACGAGAUCUUCCUCCUGCAAGCCCUCGAGAGAUGGAUCCUGGUGAAGUGGGAGAACGCUGACAGCAGUAACGGCAGUGCCAACCUCCAGGUGGAGAGGGAGCUGUUGGGAGGGAUCCGCUUCCCCAUGAUCCCUCCUGAGCAGCUCUAUGACAUCCAGUUCAACUCCUCGGUCUACCUGAGCCAGCCUGCACUCUACCAGGCCAAAAUCCUUCAGGGGCUCCAGUUCCACACUGUAUCCUAUCAGAAGCUCAAUCUCCACAUUGAUAGGGUGACAGAAGACUACAGCCCGAGGAUUUAUACCUCACCCACAUGGAGCUACACCUAUACAGCCAUCACAAACAAUUACAACUACCAAUACAGAAAACAGUACAAUAACAGGCACUACGGAAGCAGUCAGAGUGGUUCGUUUCAAACCCCAAAGCACCCAAGUCUACUCUUCCAAUCCCAGAUGUUAUACUGGUCUGUCGGGAUCCACAUGUCCAGGGAGAGCUGCAGGAACAGAGGCUACAGCUGUGAGUACAGCUCCUACCCUGCUGCCACGCUCACCGGCCAGUCUUCUGACGCUUCCAUCCGCUACGACAACAAGGUUCUCCUCAUCUGCAAUGAUGCCUACGUCUCUCACGUCCAGGAAUUCAAAAACAACGUGGCGCUGCUGCCUUCCAACAGCACCCUCCUGCAGUCCUUCCCCUGCCUGUCCACAUCCUCCACUUUCAAGUUUGUAGUGCGUCCCCAGUACAACUUCUACAACUGAGGAGGCUCAUGCUAGUAGUAGUUACAGUAGACACUCCUUUAAUUGGGGUUUAGCUUCGCUGGGUAAGGUUUAUUAAGAUUGUAUGAAACUACAAGUAAAUGAGACAGUUCCUCUUGCAUCCCCUGGAGCUACAAUACUAAUAAUAUGAAUGGUUUUUUCAUAUAUUCUAAUCAUAUAAUAGUGCCGUAAUGUCUUGAUUUUCUCUGAUAUAAAUGUAUACAAAUACAAUUCCACUGCUACACCAAGUGCAACAGAGACGAAGCAGAAUUUGUGAAAUUUGACAAAAAGCAGAAUUAGUGAAGCAAACCCUGUCUUUCUAUAAAAUUGAAACUUUGUGUGACCAUACCCUGUACUGUGCGUCCCCACAGACCACACUGGGAUUCAAUGGAAACCAUUGUCUGUGAAAAAAAUAUCAUUACAAUAAUAAUUGUAUUUCCAUAUGCUACCAGUUGAAAAUCGCCCUCUUUUUCUCAGACUGUGGCUAUACCAGACCCUGUCUCAUGUCUCUGCUGGACCGUUUAUAUUGGCAGGUGUAUGGAUGACUAAAUACAUUGGCAGUUUAGCUAGCACAGGCAGAAGCAAUUGACACAGUGGGUUGAUACACCAGACUUGUUCUGGUUUAAAAUCUGUUCUCUACCCAGAAGAAUCCUAGGACUGGCAGUGGGUGUUCAGGACAGGACUGUUGAAGUAUAACUAUAGGGAGAAGCUUCGAUAGCAUCUAGCCUGACUACAGACAGCAGUAUUACCAUCACUCAGCUUGCAUGAGUACUAACCCUAGUGAAAGUAUAGCAAAGUGUAAUAACUGAAAGCAUGGUGAGGCAUAGAUACGUAUUCUAAUGCCUAGUGAGGUCUGAUAAAGUAUAUUAGAGAACGGUGCAGUACCAUCAGCCAAGCUUUCAGCUCUAACAGGCUUCUAUCAGCCCACAGGAACGCAUGAACUGUGAAGUGGCGGACGGCACACCAGGGUAAAUGCAUAGUAUAGAAUGCUUGAAAUGGUAAACCCGAGAGUCAUACACGAUUGUAUGGCAUUCAGUAGAUCAUAUGACUUUCUUAUGCAUUUUGAAUAAAAAAUAUAUAUAUAUUUUCUUUUUAAGUGUUGGACUAUACCAGUGUUCACCACAGAGACGAGUGGUUUCAUCAAGUAUCUCUCAACUAGGCAGAAUGCUGUGGAGUUCCCUGUUGCUGUUGGAAUAGCGUACCAUUGUCAAUCGCAAUUUGUCCAUCGGGAUGUAAUGACACUCAAUGCAUAUUGUUGUUGUUAUUCAUCACUGUAUGCGUUGUAUACAACUGUAACCAUUAAUAAAAAUCUUUUUCUAACACAA